AUGAUGGAAACUCCUACAGACAAUAUAGUUUCCCCUUUUCACAAUUUUGGUAGCUCGACACAAUAUAGUGGUACCUUGUCGAGAACUCCCAACCAAAUAAUAGAGCUAGAGAAGCCCAGUACUCUAUCCCCAUUGUCAAGAGGAAAAAAAUGGACGGAAAAGUUAGCCAGGUUCCAAAGAAGUAGUGCUAAAAAGAAAAGAUUCUCACCUUCUCCUAUUUCCUCCUCUACAUUUUCGUUCUCACCCAAAUCUAGGGUCACUUCUUCAAACUCUUCUGGCAAUGAAGACGGUAACCUAAUGAAUACACCUUCUACGGUUUCCACUGAUUAUUUGCCACAACACCCUCACAGAACAUCGUCUUUGCCAAGACCUAAUUCCAAUCUCUUUCACGCAAGUAAUAGUAACCUAUCCCGAGCAAAUGAGCCCCCAAGGGCCGAAAAUUUAUCAGAUAAUAUACCACCCAAGGUCGCUCCAUUUGGCUAUCCAAUACAAAGAACCUCUAUUAAAAAAUCCUUUUUGAAUGCUUCUUGUACGUUAUGUGACGAGCCUAUUUCUAACAGAAGAAAGGGAGAGAAAAUUAUAGAGCUUGCAUGUGGCCACUUAAGUCACCAAGAAUGUCUUAUUAUCUCUUUUGGCACCACUUCAAAGGCAGACGUUCGUGCGCUAUUUCCUUUUUGUACCAAAUGUAAAAAAGAUACUAACAAAGCCGUUCAAUGCAUUCCAGAAAAUGAUGAACUAAAGGAUAUUCUAAUUUCUGAUUUUUUGAUUCAUAAGAUUCCUGAUUCUGAGUUAUCAAUCACACCUCAGUCCCGCUUUCCUCCUUAUUCACCACUCUUGCCUCCUUUUGGGUUAUCCUAUACACCUGUUGAAAGACAAACGAUAUAUUCUCAAGCUCCAAGUCUAAACCCAAAUCUCAUAUUGGCUGCACCCCCCAAGGAAAGAAACCAAAUUCCACAAAAAAAAUCAAACUAUACAUUUUUACAUUCACCCCUGGGGCACAGAAGAAUUCCGUCCGGAGCAAACUCUAUCUUAGCAGACACCUCUGUAGCGUUGUCAGCUAAUGAUUCUAUUUCUGCUGUUUCCAAUUCGGUAAGAGCAAAGGAUGACGAAACCAAAACAACGUUGCCGCUGUUAAGGUCAUAUUUUAUUCAAAUUCUUUUGAACAAUUUCCAGGAAGAAUUGCAGGAUUGGAGAAUAGACGGGGACUAUGGAUUACUAAGGUUGGUAGACAAAUUGAUGAUUUCCAAAGAUGGUCAGAGAUAUAUACAAUGCUGGUGUUUCUUAUUUGAAGACGCAUUUGUAAUAGCAGAAGUGGAUAACGAUGUUGAUGUUUUGGAAAUUAGACUAAAGAAUUUAGAAGUAUUUACACCUAUUGCCAACUUGAGAAUGACUACACUCGAAGCUUCAGUACUCAAAUGCACCUUAAAUAAACAACAUUGCGCCGAUUUAUCAGAUCUUUACAUUGUUCAGAAUAUAAAUUCUGACGAAAGCACAACUGUACAGAAAUGGAUAUCAGGUAUAUUGAAUCAGGAUUUUGUAUUCAAUGAGGACAAUAUCACUUCGACCCUGCCUAUUCUUCCCAUUAUAAAGAACUUUUCAAAAGAUGUUGGUAAUGGUAGGCACGAGACGAGUACCUUUCUAGGUUUAAUCAAUCCUAACAAAGUUGUUGAAGUUGGAAAUGUGCACGAUAAUGAUACUGUAAUCAUAAGGAGGGGAUUCACCUUAAAUUCAGGAGAAUGUUCUAGGCAGAGUACUGUCGACAGUAUACAAUCUGUUCUAACCACGAUAAGCUCAAUUCUUUCCCUUAAACGAGAAAAACCUGAUAAUUUGGCAAUAAUCUUACAGAUCGAUUUUACGAAAUUGAAGGAAGAAGACAGUUUAAUUGUUGUUUAUAACAGUCUAAAAGCUUUAACCAUUAAAUUUGCGCGUUUGCAGUUUUGUUUCGUUGAUCGAAAUAAUUAUGUUCUGGACUAUGGAUCGGUAUUACACAAGAUAGAUUCACUAGAUUCCAUCUCAAAUCUCAAAUCAAAGAGUUCCUCGACACAAUUUUCACCUAUUUGGUUGAAAAAUACUCUAUAUCCCGAAAAUAUUCAUGAACAUUUGGGUAUUGUUGCUGUAUCAAAUAGUAAUAUGGAAGCAAAAAAAUCCAUACUAUUUCAAGAUUACAGAUGCUUUACAAGUUUUGGAAGAAGAAGGCCCAAUGAAUUGAAGAUUAAGGUGGGCUAUUUGAACGUUGACUACAGUGAUAAAAUUGAUGAACUAGUCGAGGCCAGCUCCUGGACUUUUGUUUUAGAAACUCUUUGCUACAGUUUCGGUCUAAGUUUUGAUGAACAUGAUGACGAUGACGAAGAGGAUAAUGAUGAUUCGACCGAUAAUGAACUUGAUAAUAGUUCAGGAUCACUGUCGGAUGCUGAAUCUACAACUACUAUUCAUAUUGAUUCUCCAUUUGAUAAUGAAAAUGCUACCGCAAAUAUGGUGAAUGACAGAAACCUUCUCACUGAGGGUGAACAUAGCAAUAUAGAAAACUUAGAAACUGUCGCUUCUUCAGUACAGCCAGCUCUGAUUCCUAAUAUUAGAUUUUCACUUCAUUCUGAGGAGGAAGGUACUAAUGAAAAUGAAAAUGAAAAUGAUAUGCCAGUAUUAUUACUUAGUGAUAUGGAUAAAGGAAUCGAUGGCAUAACCAGACGCAGUUCAUUCUCGAGUCUUAUAGAGAGCGGUAAUAACAACUGUCCCCUCCAUAUGGAUUAUAUAUAG